GGAGGAGAGAGAGAAAGAGAGAGAGAGAGCGGGAUGCUGACAGAUUCCUGAUAGAUGGCUAAAAUGGCGAAAGCGUGCUCGACCCCGGCGAGCCACCAAACUGUAGUACUGUAGGUCGGAACAUGUAGCCUAGUUGCUGAAGCUGGAUAUCUCCGUGUGUGUUUUUAGCCCCCAGUCUAUUCACCUCACGUUGUCUUCUUGGCAAGUGCUGGAAUAUUUUCUGUUAAGUGUUUAAAUGGCAUCCGCAAGGCACCGCCGCCUUGUUCCGUGCUUUUUGGGAAUACUCGUAAAUGCUUUAAUCGGUGUGAUGUGUGAAGCGGAGCUCUCCUUCACACUGGAGCCCAGUGACAUCAUCGCUGUACAGGAGCAGCCCCUCAUGCUCCACUGCCAGGUGAACGGCAUCCCCCCAAUUACGACACAGUGGAGGCACAACGGCCUGCUUUUAACUCAGGAUCAGCAUCACACCACCUUCAUCAAUGGCUCACUCCUGGUCGCUCACUUCCAGAAGACCAAAUCUGAUGGCUCAUCUGAUGAGGGCGACUACGAGUGUAUGGCCCAGAAUUCCUUUGGGCUGGUGGUGAGCCGCAAGGCCCGUAUUCAGGCAGCCACCAUGGCAGACUUCCAUGUCCAACCAGAGUCAGUGCAUGCUGAGGAGUCCGGUGUGGCUAGAUUCCAGUGCCAGAUCCAUGGUCUGCCAGAGCCCCUCAUCAGCUGGGAGAAAGACAGCCGUCCGGUGGACACCAAGGACGAGAGGUACACUCUUCUGCCCACAGGUGUUCUGCAGAUUACAGGAGUGCGUGGGGAAGACAGUGGGAAGUUCUGCUGUGUCGCCCAUAACAGUGCAGGAGUGAAACACAGCAUAGAGGCACUCCUCACUGUUUCAGGCUCUCAGUCAUCUGUUUACAAAGAGCCUAUGAUAGUGGUCGGUCCAGAAAACCUCACCCUCACUGUUCACCAAACUGCUAUCUUGGAGUGUGUUGCUACCGGAUACCCUCGGCCUAUCGUAUCUUGGAGCAGACUAGACGGCCGUCCCAUCGGUGUGGAGGGAAUCCAGGUACUCGGCACAGGGAACCUAAUGAUCUCAGAUGUGGGUGUGCAGCACUCAGGGGUCUACGUGUGUGCCGCUAACAAACCUGGGACCCGUGUUCGUAGGACUGCUCAGGGACGUCUGGUGGUCCAAGCUCCAGCAAAGUUUGUUCAAGCUCCGCAGUCCAUCGCUCGGCCUGUCGGCACCACCGCCAUCUUCACCUGCCAGGCACAGGGCGAGCCUGAGCCCCAGCUCACCUGGCUGAAGAAUGGGCAGAUUCUGGAGCCCGGGGGACACGUCAAACUCAGGAACAACAACAGCACACUGACGAUAUAUGGUAUCAGCGAGGAUGACGAGGCUAUCUACCAGUGUAUCGCUGAGAACAGCGCCGGCUCCACACAGGCCAGUGCCCGCCUGACAGUUCUUUGGGCUGAUGGACUGCCCGGUGUGCCCACCCACGUGCAGGCCGAAGCCCUCUCACCCACCAACAUCCAGGUGUCCUGGAGGGAGCCUGAUCAGAACACUGAGGACAUCAUCGGUUAUGUGCUCCACAUCCGCAAGACUUCAGACACAGCGGAGAUGGAGUAUGAGGAAGCCGUCAGUAAGGUGACGCUGCAGCAGAUCAUCAGGGACCUGGAGCCCUCCACCAGUUACACCUUCUACGUCAAGGCCUACACAUCCCAUGGGGCCAGCAAACCAUCUGACAGUGUCACUGAGAGCACUCAUGGGGAGGUGCCAGCGCCUCCUUCCCUCUACACCAAUGUGGUGAACAGCAGUGUUAUACAAGCAACGUGGGAACCUUCCUCCAAGAUGGGCCAACAUCAAGGCUUCAGACUGUAUUACAGAAGAGCCCACACACCGCUGUUCACUGGUCCCAUCACCUUCCCUCGCAACGUCACCCAUUACAACAUCACUCAGCUGGAUCCUGCACUUGUCUACGAGAUAAGACUGCUUGCAUACAACCAACACGGAGAUGGCAACGCCACCAUACGAUUUGUUUCGCUUCGGGAGACGGUGGAGAAAUCUGUGUUGGACGCCCCAUGCGACUGUGUGAAAGACGAACAGAGCAAAACAUCUACGACAGGCAUCAUAAUCGGCAUUCACAUCGGAGUCACAUGCAUCAUCUUCUGUGUGCUCUUCCUCGUCUUCAGCUACCGCGGCAGGUUAAUGAUGUGUAAGACGGUUCAGGCCACCCCCCAGGCAGGGCACAGCACAGGGCUGGAAUCAUCUUCCUCUUCCCAGGGGGCCUCUGGGCUGAAUGGGGCUGCCAGAAGAGAGAUGGAGGGCAAUGGAAGCUUAGCGGGGAAGAAAGUGUCCGACAGCAACGAGCUUGAGAGACUUUUCACUCAACCAACCCCACAUGAUACGUGCACGUCUGACUGCUACGUGCUGAACGACACCCAGCUGUCUACGAUACCGCUGGAUGAGUUUGCAGUAGCGCGAGAGACGCAGUUCCAGGAGCCUCCUGCAGCAGGAGCGGCUCGGCAGGACCAUGUCUAAUCAUACUCCUGCCGCCUGCUUUCACCUACCAAUGAUUCCACCAUCCUCGCUCACAGAAGACCUCAGCCUUCGUCCAGGGAUUUGAUGUAUUCUGUCUCAGGACUUUGUUUAAAUGAUAUCAACUUUUUCUUAUGAGUUCUUGGCCUUCAUACAGACACUAGACUUGGCUGUGUGAACCUUACGAUUCAACAAAAACCUACCUCGGCCGGAAUGAAUGUGUUGCGGGAAGCUUUUAGGAACUUUACCUUCCCCUGUGUUCACAAUUACUUUACAUGCAGAGGAACUGAUUGGUUUGAAAAUUUCAAAAUCAGGUGCCACACUACCUCAGAUGUCAAGAAUCAUCUCUCUUCUCCUGCUUGUCGAAGAAGAACGGGGGGAGAAAACGAGUAUCCAACAUGAAGCACUUCCAAAUGCUGAAGUUAAUGUUCUACCUCAAGAUAACAAUGUUAAUGUUGUCGCUGUUGUUGUUGUUGUUGUUUGUCUGUUUAUUGCAUAAUGAAAAACCCUCUUUUCGCCCCUCUGUGAAAUCCUGGCUUCCCUCUGUCGAUGAAUAUGGUGUUUGUAGAUACAUUGUCAGUACCUCAUGCAAGUUGACAGACUGAUAACACUGUUGUAUGGAUUACAGAAUGAUAGGACAAUGUAUGAAUUAUGCUUUUUCAUUGUAAUUUUGAAUUUGAAUUUUGAAUUUAAUUUUAUUCGAAAGAUCAUAAUUCCUUCAGUUGAAUGAAAAGAGCGUUAGAGAUACACUGUAUUGCUGAACAUAUUUUCAGGACUAUUACUUGCUCAAUGAUACGUGAUACAAAAUGGUCAAUUGGAAGAGAGGCAAAAUAUUACAUUAUACAAACAUCAUGUAUGUGUCUAAAUUUAGCGCUAUAAUUGAAUUUAAUGUUUUAUUGAUUUCAUGUUUUUAUAUGUAUAUGAUAUUUGUGAGUAGAAAGUAGAAAAGUAGAAAAUUAGGCACAAAUCUUAUCAAAAACAUUAUUCCACUGUUGUUGGUGUAAUGACUUAAAGGGAAUAGUUUCACAUUUUGGCUUUCUUGCUGACAGUUAGACGAUACCACUCGUGUCUCUGUGUUAACAAUGAAAGCUAUAGCUGGUAGGCAAUUAGCCUAGCAAUUAGCCUAUUAGUGAGCUUUAGAGGUGCUAGCGUGCAGAUUUGUUUAAACUUUGGCUGGCUGUUUCCCCCUGCUUCAAGUAUUUAUGCUAAGCUAAGUUAAUUGCCUCUAGCUCUAGAUUUAUACUUAGUUUGACAUGUUGGAAAAUACACACAUUUUCUUUCUGGUGGAUAGCUUGAUAGAAAGAUUGAUAUCACUCUCAUGUCUGUACGGUCAGGGUGCGAUUUGUGAUAAAAGACAAUGCACAUGCACAACAACAAAAAACAUGCAAUAAUUAAAUCCCCUUUCAAUACCAUAGAUAUAGUGCCACUCGACCAGCCAUGCCAAAACACUUAUUUAUCAAUUUCAAUAUGCAAUAGAAAAUAAUCUCGAAAUGAAAUAGCACAAUGUGGUGUCAACAUAAAACGCAGCGCUUUCAAGCCGGAGAGCGGAGUUUACUCACGGCAAAAACAAAAUAUUUUCAACCAGGAAACGCUUGUUUGUUCCUCGGGAGUAGCCAGCGUCCCGGAGCUCUGUAGCGGCUAAUACAACCGGCAACUGCUGCUCAGAUUUUAUCGUUCUAUCGCACUAUAGACUGUUCACGUUACAGCGCUUUACUUAGUUUAAAAUACUUCAAUUUUAGGUAUGUAAUAUAUGGUCUAUGUGUGAAGUAGCAUUGAUCACUUCGAGGGGGAGCUACAUAAUUCAGCAGAGGCAGUGAUAUGUAGACUAGAAAGGGGGAAAUCCCAUGCACCCCCCCCCCCCAGCAAAUCGCACCCUGUGUACGGUUAAUAUGAAGCUAGAGCCAGCAGACGCUUAGCUUAGCUUUGCUUAGCAUAAAGACUGGAAACAGGGGGAACGGUAACCGCAACAAAAUAAACCUACAGGCACCUUUAAAGUACAUUAAUUAAUAAAUUAUAUAUUUUUGGUUUAAUCAAAAACAAAAGUUUAAAAACAACGCUUUGCUGUUUUACGCCGAAUUAUGUGUCAGACUAUUUCUUGACUGAGCAGUAACUUCCUGGAGUCUUUACUGGUUGCCUAGCAACUGCUUAGUGAUAUUUAACCGGACAUAUGUGAGAGUGUUAUCGAUCUUUUCCAAUUUCUUACCAGAAGGCAAAUAAGUGUUUCCCAAAAUGUUCAACUAUUCCUUUGAUUUAAAUUUGGCAGCAGUGUAUUUCUAACCUCAUCCUGGAUAUUUGUUGCUGCAGUGCUCUUAGUGAUUUUAUUUUCACGUCACAUGAUCUGCCUCCUUUUUAAACAAAGUAGUAGCCUUUCAGACUUAUGGUGCCCAGGAGACGUGACAGUUGCUGAUCAUGCUUGACUAUUGUUACUCUCUUCCCAAAACCACAACUGCUGCUCAGCCUUCUCCCUCCUGUCAACACUGACUCGUUAAAGUGCUUCAGGAACACCGUGUUCAUUAUAUCGCUGGCUGUUGACGACCACAGACGGAGAGCUGGCUGAGGGAGAUAGACGUUGUUGGGUUUGUUCGGCUCUCUGCUGUGUGUCGUCACAUACGGUACAGGACUUGCUCUGAUGCGUCAUGGUUACCUACCUCAACCCUGUUUUUGGCCUUCCUCUCAGGUCUUAGCGAAGGAAACAGUCAGAGUACGAACAAUGGAGUAGAGGAACACACACAUAAAUAUAUAUAAAUGUAUACAUAUUUAUUGCAAUUGUCGCCACAUGCUGGACAGACAGAAAGGGACACAAACACACAAAUGGAGGGAGAACUUUUUAGGACCUUUAUUUUGUGCACUAACUAUUAAAACAGUUUAAGUUCAUGCUUAGUUUCUAGUGGAUGUGAAUGUGUAACUUUGAUUAUCAGAUUUUUUUUUCACAAACUUUUAACUAUUUUUUCUCACUGGUGUUUGGCUGUAUGUAGUUUAUCCGUGAAUAAGUAAACUGAGAAAUGUAAAGUGGGUGGCACUUACAACUCUUAACACACACACAAUUUAUUGAUUUGCCUUUCUGGCUUCUAAACCUGAGCAUCACAUCAACUAUGCUGCAUUCACGUGAUAUCGUUCAGAUUGUUUUCAUGAGCAGCCGAGUGAGAAAAGCCUCACAAGUUGUAGUCUAAUUACCAAAACUUUGAUCAUGGGAAUUUCUGACAGCUCCAAUAUCUUCAACUUAGUGAAAAGAAGUACAGAAGUAUUAACAAACUAGAGAUGUCACUUUUUCAGAAAAUCAGGUUCAAAUACAUUUGAACUAGUAAUUUGUUCAAAAGGUUUUAGAGUUGACCUUUUUCCACUCGUUCGCCAUACGUCUGCUGCCUCACUUGAGCUACAAGCUAACGUGAUGUUGCAUUUUGCAAAGUCAGUAAACACCUUUACCUUUAUUCACGUGUUUUACAUCUGUGGUAUUGAAUCCAAAAUACCAUACAUUACCUCUCAUAUAGUUUGUUCGUUCAGCACACUUGCUACCUUUCUCUAUUUUGCAUCAGCAAAGAUAACAAUUCUCUAGUUUACUGAGAGGCAGCAGAGCAUGCAGUGGGUCAGAUGGACAGGACAUUUUGAUUGCAAUUGAUUCAGUUAAUUUAAAAGCUUGUAUGCAUAUCUGGUUUCACAGAACAAAACUAGCCACUUUAGACUUUAAUUUGACGUAGUCUUUGUGAGAGAGAAAUGUAUCAGAAAGAUAUUAGACAUGUAUUAAUAAUAUUUGCAGAUUCUAAGAGUUAUACAUUUGUUAGAUUAGAAAGUAUCAAACUAUUAUCAUUUUUAAAAUGAAAAAAUAAAUAUUAAAUAUUAAUGCCAUUCAAGCCUUUUGUAAAAAAAAAGAAAAAAUAAUUUAUAUCACGAUAAUUUAAAUGAAUGAAUCUGAAAACUUGCCACUUCACUUUUUUUCCAGUUUUUCCCAUUUUGCUUACAUUGCGUAAAUGCGGCAUAAGUUUCAAAGAGGAGUGAUGAAAAUGUAGGAGUCGAUAUUUAAAUCAGUGUGGCUCUAUUUACAGUAUCGUAUCUUCUGAUCGUGCAAGACAUUCCACAUGAGAGUUGUUUCUGUCCCCACAGCAGAGAAUCACCUGUCAUCUUUGUGUGUUCUGCAAAACUGCAUUACACACCGUUUCCAUUGUAGUAAUAAUCAUUUUAGGUACUGUAAUGGUAUGCCUUUUAAAUGUAUUUGUUUAUGCCUAUUUGUUUGCAGAGUUUCUCCUUGCAGCCAUUUCUUGUAUUUAGGUGUACACAUUGGUGUUGAUAUCAUGUUACAAGUGUGUUGGAAAAACAAUAAUGGUACUUGUCAAAAUAGCAGAACAAAUGCUCGAACCUAAAUGUCUCCUUUCAUAUUUAUUAACUACCAAUCUGAUAUUUCUCUCCAGGGCUGUUGCAGCCUUAAUCAGUGUAUUUACUGUGGAGAGUAAUUUCACUGGGGAAACAAGUGGUGUGCUUUUCUUCCUUCCUUCCUUUCUUCCUUACUCUGUACCUAGGUGUAAUUUAGGGUUAAUCUUCUGCCCACAUCUCACCCAUGUAUGUGACAGGUUUUAGUGCCAUACUGUUUAACCUGAUUCACUGGGAAUGUGGUGCAGGGACGAUCAUGUUUACGUGAUUAGACUUUGAUAGGUCAGGUUGUCGUUUUGCUAAUAUUAGAACUUCCCUCAAAGCUGUUCUCGCUGACUGACUGGGGGCCUUGAAAAGGGGCCUUUGUCUCAUUUAUGUUGCAGCCUUGGGAAGUACCAUAUCACCAAACUCAGUUAGCCAGCUUCCUUUUUUCUUCAUUCAAGAAUCCUGACCUUUGGACAGGGAGAGUGUGUGCUCAGGGAUUCUCUGAUCCUCUUGUUAUACAGUAUGUGCAUCAGCAGGUCACACUUGGCCUUCUGGACUUUACAUGAUAUUCCUUUUUAAAUUCUGCUUUGUGCCCAGUUCAAACAGAUUUGCUGUUAGGGAUGCCUUCUUUGUCGGUCAUUUACAUAAAUAAGAGAGAGUGUCGACAGGAUGAUGAGUAUUUAACAUGUGUCCUCAGUUUGGCCGCUGUGCUAGAAACAUAAAGGGACAAUUUCUCAGAAAACUGCCUCAUUAGUGUCCCAGCGGGUGAUGAAAACAAGGAUGUAGGGAUUACACAUUAACAUGAGGUUAGAACUUCAGUGGAAAAAUAAUCUGUGACAACUUCAGGGAAAUUUACAUUCACAAAGAGAGUUGAAAGAUUACUGUUAAAGCCUGUAAAUCCUUUACAAGUCUGCCUGGAUUACCUUAGAAGUGAUUGACUUCUAUGGUAAUGCUUUAUGCUAUGGAAAUCUGAUAACUAAAAACCUUCUGUAGUUCUGUAUUUUAUGAUGAUAUUCAUUCUAUAGCUAAAGCAAUUAAUCAAUGAACUAUCAGUUCAGUCGAUUGGCAGAAAAAUCUAAAGUCAUUUUAUAAGCACAAAUGCCAAACACGAACUAGUUUGAGCUUCUAAAUUAUGAGAAUUAGCUGCUUUUCUUUAUCAUAUGUGAUGGUCAACUUAAAACUUUUGAGGGGAUUUAGACAAACCAAAUGUUUUAAAGAAGUUAUAUUGAGCUUUAAGAAAUUGUGAUUUUUCAAUUGUAUUCUGACAUUUUAUAGACAAAAAUAAUAAUUGAUUAUUGAUAUAAAAAAAAUUAAGGUAAUCAUUAAGUUGCAGUUGUUCAUACUUCUUCUCAGGUUCUCACAAAGAAGGCAUCCUGGACUGGGCAUGUGCAGGAUUAGUUUAACAUUGCCAGUAUAAGACUAUACAUGUGCCUGUGCAGUUCUCUGUCUUAAGCAUUAACUGAACACAGGUAACCAGAUCAAGUCUGAAGGACAAGAUUAAAAUAUCCUUUACAUAAUGUGGUAUUGAUCGUUGUGGCACGAAAUGAUCAUUCGAUAUGAUGUGUAUUGAUUACAUUUCCGAUGCAUUUAUCUCUAUGGUGUGAAGAGUUUGAAUAAUUUACAAUUGAUCUGUACUCUUAUCAAAUGGUGAUUUAAUGUAAAUGUACUUUAAUGUGUGAGAUCAGUAUUAUAUUUUAUAUACUGUACCUCUGUCAAGAAAGCAGAUUGAAUCCAAUGUGUUUAAAGGUAGUAGGCAGGGAGAACACCUACAGUAGAUCUGCAUGAGAAACGAAAAAGCUAACGUGUUAUUUUAGCUGAAAUGAAAAGUGUUAGUUAAUCAUUAUUGGACUUGUGAUGGUAGCACUGUGAUAUUUAGCCGAAUAAUGGCAAAAAAAAUGUUGUGAUCUCGAUAUGGUGCUAUUGAUGGUGCCCAUCUCACAUUGUUGGUCAAUCUGUUUUGAUGGUGUGUAUUGAUGAAAAUAGGUUGAGUGACCAUUUUCCAUUGACAAAUCUGUCUUGCCCUUGCUGAUGCCUGAUGAUCACCUCAUCCUCAUCCUGUUCCCACCAGUCAUCCUCACAUGAGUGACUCGGGGUGAGGUCCUAUCAGUCCUGUUACCUUCUAAAGUGACAAGUUGUUUUCAUUUUCCUUCACAAACCAUCCCUGCUUGAGGAGAAUGUCUCUUCUGUAUUGAUGUUGUCAACGCGCUCUAAAGCUGUUCAGUCAUCUGUUCAGUCAUCUGUAAUUUGGCAACUGAAAUAGGAAAGGGCUCCUGAGUGGAAUAUACGCCACAGGUGAUCAACCCCCCCGCACUUGUCCUGUGAGGUUAGCGUUAAACAUGAAAGUCAAUAACAGCUUGUCAGUAAAAACCUCAUUGUUUAAGCUUACAGAGACAUACAUUGUAAAAUCUUACUAUAUCAUCACAUUUAUGUUUGUGAUUCACAGUCUAAUCUUCAAUCCUGCAGCAAUGCAUGCAAAGGAGUCUUUAGUCUUAAAGGGAAAAUAAUGCCAACGUAUUGAUGCCAUAGUAAACCCAGUAGGCGUAAGAAUAUUUGACCUGCUCUUGCCCAGUGUUGCUGGUUUGCAUUAAGAAUUUUACUUGUAUGCAAAAAAUAGAAGAACUGAUGAGAGAUUACAUUUAAUCGUUAAAGCUGAACUUUGUUUUAUUGGCCAAGCUAAGGAUUGAAACUUUCCACAACUAACCCAUCUUCAGUCGGAAGAGGUGCUUAGAAAUGUUCUACAAGGUUGUGUCAACGUCUACAGCUGUAAAACUUCGCCAAGAGUGAAGUUUAAUCUCCAUCACUGGGUUUAUAUAGCCAGUAUUAUAGUAUUUCACUAUAAAAUUAGAUAUUUAUGACUAAGUAAGAAACAUUUACACCAUUUGAUCUCAAGCACAACAGUUGGGUCCUGAUGUGUUUGUAAAACAUUUAAAAAUCACCACCAUAUACUGUAUAUACACUUUUUCAUAAAUGGAUUUUAUUCACUUAGUAUUUUCUUCUCCAGAGAAACAUUUACUUGCUUUUAUACUGAUAAAUUACAGUCUUCUUUUCCAGUAGAUUAUGUGACUGCAACAAAGGGCAAGAGAAGGGAAAGGCUGUCUGCCAUUUUAUUCUCACUUCAAUAGAGUUUAUUUUACUGGCACUACAGUUCAUUAAACAUGUGUAUAACUUCUAUUUUA